AUGGAGCUCAACGGCGCCGGGAUUGCAGCGGGCCGCUCCCCGGAAAGUCGACGAGAGGACAAAGCAGUGGUUCUCGAUGGGCUGAGCCAGCGCCCGCCCGGCCGGAGCAGCGCUCUCUUCACGUGGGCACACGAGCCACUGCAGCCAGAGAACCCUGACCAAGACUGCCACGGCUCGCCCAACAUCUCCCUUGAUCUCGACCCUGUCCGUCCGUCAUUCUGUCUGUCUGUCUGUCUGUCUGCCUGUCCGUCCGUCUACCCAUCCACCCCAUCCCACCUACUCACCCUCACCCAUCCGCCCAUCUUUCCCUGCCUGCACCCCGUCCGCCUCGCUGCUGGUGCUGGUGCUGGUGCUGGUACUCCCGCUCUCGCUCUCGCUCUCGCUGUCGCUGUUGCUGUCGCUGCUGGUGCUGCCGCUGCCGCCGUUGCUGCUGUUGCUGCCACCGCCCUCUUGUCGCCCUCGCCUCGCUGCGCCGCGCCGCGCCUCGCCUCGCCUCGCUUCACUUAA